CCCACACUUUUCCACCAACUCCUCUAUCUUUUAAAGGGAAAAGUAUUUUUCCUCCCAAUCUUAUUCAUUCUCCGGUAUUUUUUCCCUCUCUACUUACCUUAGCAACCAAACAAGGUACAGGGAUUUCCAUGUGUGUGGGCGUUUUUUCUCUCUCUUUCCUCUCCAAAUUUUGAUAUCCAAACAGCUUGAAUUCGAUCAGUACUUCACCGUCCUCUUCAUCGUUAUACCUCUAGAUCUUUGAAGGGCUUAACGUAUCGAUUCAAGAAUGGUGCUAGUAUCGGCCGUGCGAGACUACAUCAACCGCAUGUUACAGGACAUUUCUGGCAUGAAGGUGCUCAUUCUGGAUUCUCAGACGGUUAGUAGCGUGAGUGUUGCGUACUCGCAGUCAGAGCUUCUUCAGAAAGAAGUGUUUUUGGUAGAACUGGUAGAUUCCAUCUCCAUGUCAAAAGAACCCAUGUCACAUCUCAAAGCAGUCUACUUCCUUCGGCCAACUUCAGAAAAUAUUCAGCAUAUGCGGCGUCAGCUGGCUAAACCUCGAUUUGGAGAGUAUCACCUAUUUUUCUCCAACAUAAUGAAGGAUACUCAGCUUCAUAUUUUAGCUGAUUCAGAUGAACAUGAAGUUGUCCACCAAGUGCAGGAGUUUUAUGCAGACUUUGCCGCAAUUGAUCCUUACCAUUUCACUUUGAAUAUAGCAUCAAGUCACAUGUAUAUGCUCCCGGCAGUUGUAGAUCCUUCAAAUUUGCAGCACUUCUGUGAUCGGGUUGUCGAUGGAAUUGCAGCUAUCUUCUUGGCAUUGAAGCGGCGACCUGUCAUUCGAUAUUCACACACUUCGGAUACGGCGAAAAGGAUAGCACAGGAAGCAGCGAAGCUGAUGUACCAGCAGGAGAGUGGUCUUUUUGACUUCAGACGAACAGAAGUUUCUCCCUUAUUACUAGUAAUUGAUAGGAGGGACGACCCUGUUACCCCAUUACUGAAUCAAUGGACAUAUCAGGCCAUGGUUAACGAGUUGAUAGGUAUUCAAGAUAAUAAGGUAGACUUGAGAAACAUUGGCAAAUUUGCGAAGGAUCAGCAGGAGGUUGUGCUGUCAUCUGAACAAGAUGCCUUUUUCAAAACCAAUAUGUAUGAGAAUUUUGGAGACAUUGGAAUGAAUAUUAAGCGGAUGGUGGAUGAAUUUCAGCAAGUUGCAAAGAGUAACCAAAAAAUCCAGACGAUAGAAGACAUGGCUAAAUUUGUUGACAACUACCCCGAAUACAGAAAGAUGCAUGGCAAUGUUUCUAAGCAUGUGACCCUGGUUACAGAGAUGAGCAAGAUAGUUGAACAACGAAAACUUAUGUUAGUUUCACAGACAGAACAAGAGUUGGCUUGCAAUGGUGGGCAAGGGGCAGCAUUUGAGGCUGUGACAAAUCUAUUAAAUAACGAAAGUGUCUCUGAUAUUGACCGUCUACGCCUGGUAAUGUUGUAUGCUUUGCGCUAUGAGAAGGACAGCCCUGUUCAACUGAUGCAACUUUUCAACAAAUUGGCUUCUCGAUCUCCCAAGUACAAGCCUGGGCUUGUGCAAUUCCUUUUAAAGCAAGCUGGUGUUGAUAAGCGAAAUGGUGAUCUUUAUGGGAACCGAGAUCUGCUGAAUAUUGCUCGUAACAUGGCUCGAGGACUCAAGGGGGUUGAGAACGUGUACACCCAACACCAGCCUCUUCUAUUCCAAAUUAUGGAAAGCAUUACCAAGGGACGGUUGAGAGACGUGGACUACCCUUAUGUAGGAAAUCACUUUCAGCAGGGAAGGCCACAGGAGGUGGUGAUUUUCAUUGUUGGUGGGACAACAUAUGAGGAGUCACGUUCCGUUGCACUACAAAAUUCCACCAAUUCUGGGAUUCGAUUUAUACUUGGUGGUUCAGCGGUUCUCAAUUCUAAGAGGUUUCUGAAGGACCUUGAAGAAGCCCAGAGGAUUGCUCGGACUAGCACGAGUGUAGUUUGAACUUUGAAUCCUGCUGCAUCUUAUACCUCUUGGAAGCCAUGUAAAUAAAGUUUGCAGAUUUUGCAUAGGUUUCCCAUUCUGGAGAAUGCUUACAAAGCACCGAUAUCUAACACUGCAUAACAGCUUGAAUAGAGAUCAUGAGUGCCUCCUACUGGUUCAGUAUUAUGUAUAAGGUAAUUUUUUGACUUGGAAAAUUGAUAGAGGAAUUGAGUUUGGAAGGCCUAACAUACAUUAAAGGAAGCUCAGAGGGCGGUCUCUUGCAGCCAAGCAGAUCUUAUAUUUGUGCCUGAAUUGAGGUGUUUUGCUUUGCUCCUGCCAAAAGUAGCAUUGUAUUUUUGAUAUAUUUACAGGAACCUUAUUUUCCCUGUAUGUCUUGCUGAUGUAUCUAAUGUAACUGUAUUAUCAUGAUCUUUUGAAAAAUAGAUGACACUACGAGCAAUCCUUGCAUUAUCAUGACUUUUCCUGUAUAUCUUGUGACGAUAUACACUAGUACAUUACAGUGCAGGUGGCGUAUAAAUGGUGUUUUAUGCACUUGCUUCUUCAUUCAAC